AUGGCGCAACCCAGUCAAGCACAGGAAAAUGUCGUGGAGGAGACCAAGACCGGGGAUGUAGAGGCUGAAUACCAACGCGCCGGCGGACGCCAUCUCACCGUAGAGGAGCAGAAGGCCAUCGACCAUGAACGCUCGGUCGCACUCUCGUCAGACAUGGCAGAUCUCCCAAGUCGCUACUUUUGGAGCCCUCCCAUUGUUGGGACUGUCUUCUCCGUCGCGUGUUUUGUCUGCGGAAGUUACUGGAUGUUCAUCGGCCCAGCAGCUGUCUUGACCACCAUUAGUGCCGACAUGAAAAACACUGGCAACUCCAGCCUGUUCUCCAUUGUCUGGAGUCUCUGCCAACCUAUCAGUCUGCUCGUCUUUGGGCGACUCUCGGAUCGCUUUGGUCGACGUUAUUUUGCAGUCGGAGCAAACUUGAUCAGCUUGAUUGGCGGCAUUGUCGCAGCGACCGCACACAAUAUGAACCAGUUGAUCGGCGCCAAUGUUCUCCUCGGACUGGGCUCAGGCAUCGCCGCAUCGUAUCCCCUGCUCCUCGGUGAAAUUGUCCCAAAUAAGUACAAGUUCUGGGUCACAAUGAUCAUGAAUGCCUGCAUCCUUCCGCUGAACUUUUCAGCGUACCUCUCCGUCCGCCUUGUGCACGUCUCUACCUGGCGAUGGAUAUACUACAUCGGAAUCAUCCUGAACGCUCUGUCCCUCUGCUGUUUCGGCUUGUUCUAUCAUCCUCCAACGUUCAAGAUGCUUCACAGUUCGGAGCGCAGGCGAUUGGACGAGAUCAAAAACAUCGAUUUCGUGGGGCUCUUCCUCCUUGUUGCGGGUCUUUGCCUGUUCCUCCUUGGAGUCGCCUGGGGAGGCCAACCUCUCCCGUGGCAAUCUGCCACGAUCCUAGGCCUCCUAAUCUCUGGUUUCGUCACCAUGGUCGCCUUUUGCUUAUGGGAAGCAUAUUCGGGCGUGCAAUAUCCAAUCAUACCCUUACGUCUCUACAAGGAUCUCCGGGGAUUCACCUGCUGCGCCAUUCUCUCGGCUACUUCUGGCACCUCGUAUACGGCGCUUAACAUCGUCUGGCCCACAGAAGUCAGUAAUAUCUACGGGGCAAACCUGACCUGGCAGCAGUCGGGCUGGCUUGCCAACAUCAUCAGUCUCAGCAAUCUCGUUGGCAUUCUGAUCCUGUCUCCAUUGACCACCUGGCACAGGAAGGUCAAGUGGAAGGUCAUUUUUGGCGCUUGCUGGAUGGCGGCUUUCAGUGGAGCAGUCUCAGUCUGCAAUCCUGACAACCUGACUACUGCAAUCGCCCUGAUGUGUUUCACGUCGUUAACCACAGGAUGGUUGGAAAUCGCCUCAACCCUGAUGGUGCAGUAUAUCCUGCCGGACGAAGAUCUGGGGGUUGGUUUUGCCGUCUGCUGUGCGAAUCGGAACAUUGCUGGAUCCAUCUUCACCGCCAUUUACAUCGCGAUCCUGAGCAGCAAAGUGUCCCAGAUGCUUCCGGAAUACGUCACACCAGCGGCGAUAGAGGCUGGUCUCCCUCAAUCUUCACUCCCCGAUUUAUACGCCGCGAUAGCCGCUGGGACGGCAUCGGCCUUCCAGAGCGUCGAAGGUAUCAACUUCGCCAUCAUCGUGGCGGUCACGUCUGCUUCGGCGUACGCCCAAGCUGCAGCCUACGCCUACGUCUACUAUGCUGCCUUGGCGGUUGGCCUUGUCGCUGUUAUUGCAGCCGUAUGUUUGACUGAUGUCGACAAGUACCUGACGGGGUAUGUUCCCCGAAGAGUCUAUCAUCGCAAGGAAAUUGUCAAUGAAGAGAAAACCUCUUAGGCCUCGCACCCGCAGUAGCAAUGUUUUGACACUUCCAAAAUCCAUGGGAUGAUGCGGAG